AUGUCUGUCGCCUCCAAGAACCUCUAUGACCUGCUCGGCAACGAUGACGAGUCGGAUCAGCCCCGUCCCCCGGUGAAGACGGUCGACAAGACCACUACCCGGACUGUUAAGCGCAACGCGGACGGCGAGGCUCCUGCGACCAAGGCUCCCGCCGGUCAGGGCCGCCGUGGUGGCUUCGGCGGCAACGAGGCUGCUUUCCGCGACCGCAACGCCGGCAGCGACCGCAACCGUGGUAAGACCACUGACGAUGCUCCUCGCGGUGGCCAGGCCCGCGGUGGCCGCGACGCUCGCGUCCGUGGUGGCCGUGGUGGCCGCUUCCCCCGUGAGCGUGAUGACCGCCACAGCAAGAGCGUUCCCACCGGUGGUUCCGAUAAGCAGGCCGCUCAGGGCUGGGGUGCUACCGAGGGCGAUGCCGAGCUGAAGGACGAGCAGGCCGGCGAGGAGAUCGCCCAGUCUGAGCGCAAGGACGCCGCCACUGAGGAGGCCGGCGACGAGACCCCUGCCGAGCCCGAGGAGAAGCACAUCUCCUACGCCGACUACCUCGCCCAGCAGGCCGAGAAGAAGCUGGCUCUUGAGGGCGAUCUCAAGGUCCGCCAGGCCAACGAGGGUGCCAAGAACAACAAGCAGUGGGCUACCGCCAAGGAGCUCGUCAAGGAUGAGGACGAUGACUUCAUCUCUGCCUCUGCUGGCAAGACCAAGCGCGAGCGCGAGCGCAAGACCAAGCAGGUCGUCGACAUUGACCAGCGCUACGUCGAGCCUGAGCGCCCCACCCGUGGUGGCCGUGGCGGCCGCGGUGGCAGCCGUGGUGACUCUGGCCGUGGCGGUCCCCGUGGUGGCGACUCGUCCCGUGGCGGUCCCCGUGGCGGACGUGGCGCCCCUCGUGGCGGCGACUUCCCCCGUGGUGGCGGCCGUGGCGGUCGUGAGGCCUCUAACCUCAACACCAACGACGAGAAGGCCUUCCCCAGCCUUGGCGGCAAAUAA